AUGGGGCGGAGGAGAAGAGGAGGAAGAAGAAAUGCUUGCGGUGACGACGAUAACACCGACCAGACUAUGCCGUCAUCCAAUUGUGUCUACCUACCCCCUCCCACAACACUAUAUCCUAUACCUCUUCAUCCUCCUCCCCAUUCUUCAAUGAGUACUACCAUUACGUGCCAUGCUGGCGGUGCAGACGACCACGACGACAACAACAAUAACAACAACAACAACGGUAAAUGA